UUAUUCGUUCAGUCAGUUUCUGUAAUAUAAAUACAAACGGUAAACUUACAAUUUGGAUAGUUGCAUUAGACGACGAGAUUCGUUCGGAAGGUAGUCUAUAGUUUCACCGGCGCCAACGUGUGGGAGGAUGUUAAUAUGAAGUCCCUUGUGGUUUUGAUUUGUGUUCUUUGCGCCACCAUCGUCGCUUCGCAUCCACCUGAAGGAGUCUGGAAGAAAAAAUUGGUUUGGAAGGAAGAGUGGGUUCAGAUUUGGAAAACAGCGAAAAAGGAAGCUUGGGAAACUAAAUGGAAGAAAAUUCAAGUUCCGGCGUGGACCACAGUAGAAAUACCUAUUUGGAAAGACGUGAAAGUCCCCGAUUGGAAGAUAAUAAAAAAACCGCAUAUCGAAGAACGUGAAAUUCCUGUGUGGAAAGAAGAGAAAGUACCCGAAUGGAAAAAGAUUACAAAACCUGUAUGGCGUGAAAUCCAAGUGCCUGUUUGGAAAGAAGUUCAAGUGCCUGAAUGGAAACAACAAUGGAUCCCAGAAUGGGUGAAAAUGGGAAUUCCAGGUGAAAAAUUUCUGGGGAAGGAUCAUGAAGGAUGGGAAUAUACAAGUCACGAUCUUUGGCGAAAGAAAUUGGUGUGGAAACCCGUUUGGAAGAAAAUUUGGCGAACAGAGAAGAAACAAGAAUGGGUGCCGGAUAAGAAGCUUGAAUGGAAGGAUGAAUGGAUUCAAGUAUGGAAACCUGUGAAAAAACAAAUCUGGGUGAAAGAAAAACGGGAAACGUGGGUAGAAGAAAAAAUUCAAAUUUGGCGAAUCGAAAAGAAACAGGAAUGGGCAACCGAGAAGAAGCAAAUUUGGAAAGACGAAUGGAAAGCUAUUCAGGUACCUGUUUGGAAGGAAGUCAAGGUGCCAGCUUGGAAGAAAAUUUAUAAGCCAGUUUGGGAGAAAGUUUGGGUGCCGCACAGUCAUGGAUGGGACUAAAAUAUUUAUGGUCCUGAUCAAUAGCAUAAUUUAUUGUUAAGAUGUUUUGCAUACAUUUAAGUCACAUUUGUACAUAUGUCACAUAAUACAAUCAACUUCAUCUGUUUGAUUUGCCGAAAUGAGUUUAACGUCUAUGCAAUGUAAAGGUUACCAUUUACAUGUUGUGUUAUCGUUGCAAUUAUGUUAAUAAAUAGAAAAAGUAUUGAAUUCCUAGUUA